GUAUGAUUCUCGUGACCCAAGGCCGCCUUACAAUUUAUCAGAAAUACAUGAAAGUCGUUGUGAUACCUUUGCGACAUUUUCUAGGAUUUCACUUGAAAUAUUACGAUAUCCGCUGCAAACCAAGAAGGUCUUACCAUGAAUCAAGUAGCUCCAGGAAAGCCCAAUGGCCCGCAACCGAUGUUACAGACUCAGCCUGGGCCACCACCGCCAUACUUCCAGGGUCAAGGGAUGCCCAUGCAGGUCUCAACCAACCAAUCACAGGUCCCAGGUGCGGUGUCAGCGCGCGGCCAGGUGACAUGGAUGCCGCGACCAGGCGGCAACUGCAGCAUCCCGGGACUCGAAUACCUGCAACAGGUCGACCAGAUCCUGAUUAUGCAAUCGUUUGAACUCUUAGAAAUUUUUACGAACUGGGAGUGCAAAAAUAAGUACAGGAUCACCAACUCGAUGGGUCAACAGGUCUACUUUGCACAAGAAGAAUCGGAGGUGAUGCAGCGCCAAUGCUGUGGGCCAGCCAGGGGCUUCACCAUGCACAUUACAGACAAUAUGGGCCAGGAAGUGAUACGCAUGGUGAGGCCGUUCAAGUGUUGCGCAGGCUGGCAGUGCUGCGCAUGUUGUGACGGGUGUUCAAUGGAUAUAGCGAUAGAGGCUCCCCCUGGCCAGAUUGUUGGAUAUGUAGCACAGGAGUGUACUUGCUGUGACCGGCGUUGGUCCGUGAUGGACGCAGGCAAAAAUAAGAUUUUCGAGAUCCGUGGAGAUUGCUGCGUCUGCCAGUGGAUUUGUUGCCCGAAAGACAUUCCAUUCGAUAUUCUUACCAAUGAUGGUUCUGGGAAGGUGGGCUCCCUAGCUAAACAGUGGGGUGGAAUGGCUCGAGAAAUGUUCACGAAUGCGGACAACUACUGCUUGUCCUUUCCCAUUGAUCUCGAUGUGAAGUUGAAAGCGACCUUACUUGGAGGAGCCUUCCUCGUCGACUUCAUGCUCUUCGAGGGGCAGAACCGGCAGGGGUACGGUGGAUAUGGUGCAUAUCACUGAUCCUGGACGCGGUGCACAUACCGCCGAACGGUCCAUAUCGCUGAACUUGGUGCACAUCGCUGAGUUUGAUGUGCAAAUGAAUCAAACCACUCAAAGCGUGCAAGGAGCUGCAUAUCCGUUCGUUCAGCUUUAAGAACGAAGGAAAAACUACAAGCAGACCUUUUUAUCAUAUGGAAUCUAGACAUCAUAUAAACCGGGUAUAGGCCUAUACAUUUGGUUAUUUGACAUAUACGUCAGUAAAUGAGAUCAUGACGAUUGGCACUGAAAACAGAAUAAGGCGAAAGAUGUAAUCCGUAGGGUUUUAGUAUCAAUUCCUCACUUAGUAUGGUUAAUAUAUAAAGCAAAAGUAUCAAUAGGUUGAUCUGACUCCGGCCAAACCCCUCGUAACCCCCUCAUCGGUGGGCUCGUGGGUUUCCUGGUAAUAUGCCAUCACUUGUGUAUUCGGCGGACUCCGAAAUCGCACUCGGGUAGAUUUGCUAUUGGGAUGAACACACAUAUAAUGGACGUCCCAUUGACGUUGGCCCUACGUGGCCACAACUUUGCCAAUUAUCAAUUUUUGUGCCAUAGUUUUUAGCUCACCUCUUAGCAGAGGUGAGCUUAUCCCAUACCGUGGCGUCCGUCGUCCGUCGUCGUCGUCGUCGUCGUCGUCGUCGUCCGUCGUCCGUUAGCAGGGCACGUUUCGUAACUGUUAGAGCUAUUGAGUUGAAACUUGGUACACAUGUACCCUUAUGUAAUGACACCUUGGAGACCAAGUUUCGGUCCGAUUCGUUUCAUGGUUUGGCCACCAGGGGGCCAAACGUUAAAAGUGAAAAUAUGCAAUAUCUCCCUUAAUAGUAGUCGGGAAAUUUUGAAAAAAAUAUGGUAGGUACUUCUAGCAAAGGUGCAUCAUAUAUCCUUCGGGUUUUUGAUUUGACCUCCUUUUCAAGGUCACAGAGGUCAAAUGGUGUAAAUUGGCCGUUAGGAUGUAACGAUGGCACGUUUCUAAACUGCAAUGACUAUUGAUACCAAAUUUGGUACACAUUUACCCCUUAGUCAGGUGAUCUCAGGGACCAAAGUUUGGUCCAAUAUGAUUCACCACUUGACCACCAGGGGGCAAAAUCCAAAAACCUUAAAAAUGUGAUUAUUCCUUAACUUCUUGCCCGAUUGCCACCAAUUUGAUAUCAUGGGUACAUCUAACCACCAUACAGUAUAUGUCACACAGGUUUUUAAUUUGACCUUCUUGUCAAGGUCACAGAGGUCAAAUGGCAUAAAUUCGCCGUCAGGCCGUAACUAUGGCACGUUUCUUAACUGCAAUGACUAUUGAUCACAAAUUAAGUACACAUGUACCCCUUGGUCAGGUGAUCUCAGGUACCGAAGUUUGGUGCGAUCUGAUUUGCCGUUUGGCCUCCAGGGAGGGGGCCAAAUCCUAAAUUCUUCAAAAUGCCAUUAUUCCUAGUAAUGACUUGCCCGAUUGGCACCAAUUUUAUAUCAUAGGUACAUCUAAUUCUAACAACCAUUCAAUGUGUCACCCGGGUCUUCUUUGAUUUGACCUACUUUUCAAGGUCACAGAGGUCGAAUGUACUGUAAAUUGGCCAUUUUGGGGAAAUUGUAAUUGCUUGGACCUACAUCAAACCUAACACUACAUGACACAAUACCAUGCUCUUUAUCCAUCUUUCCUCCACAUGAGGUGAGCACAAUGGCCCUGGCCAUUUUUUUAUGUAAAUAACCGUGGAUGCAAUAAAUAGAUAAUUUAUGUUGUUAAAA